AUGACAGCAGAAAGUGCUGAUGAACCGGAAGAAAUGCCCAAGUUGAAGGAAUCAUUUGUACAAACAGAUAUGGAUUGUGCCAAACUCAGCCUGUUGGUUACAGAUUUGGAAAUAACCAAAAAAGAAAAUAAACUUUUGAAAAUGAAAAUUAUAUCUUUUGAAUCCUUGAGGAAUAAUGAUGAGAAAUGUAGGUUCUAUACAGGUCUCACUUCCUUCAAGGUUUUAAAUGUAAUUAUUAAAUGGAUGAGACCCUUUUUAUUACCCCAAGGUAAAUUCAAAUUGAACACAGAAAACCAAAUUGUUUUGACGCUGGUGAAACUUAGGCUGGACUUGAAAUUCCAGCAGCUUGGCUUUGCUUUUGGAGUACAUCCAUCGACUGUAUCAAGUUGUUUCAAGAAAGUCGUCAGCAUCAUGAGCAGAAAACUGAAAUCAUUAAUUGUUUGGCCUGACAGAUCUAGCUUGAUAAAAACAAUGCCUGGUUGUUUCCAAAAAUCCUUUGGAGACAGAAUAAGUAUUAUCAUUGAUUGUUUCGAAAGUCACUGCCAAAGACCAUCAGAUCCCAUGUCAGCUGCGAUUACAUGGUCAUAUUAUAAAAAUUCACAAACUGUGAAGUAUUUAAUAGGAAUAACACCCCAAGGCUCAGUAUCUUUUAUAAGUGAAGGCUGGGGAGGAAGAGCUUCAGAUAAGUUUAUCACACAGCAUUCGGAAUUUUUGACUCAUCUACACUGUGGAGACGUGCUUGCAGAUAGAGGUUUCCUCAUUAAAGAAUUCGUUGAACUUUUCAAUGCAUCUGUAAUCAUACCAGCAUUCACCAAAGGACUCAACCAAAUACAUCCUUCAGAUUUGGAAAAUACAAGAGCCAUUGCAAAUGUAAGGAUACAUGUGGAAAAAAUUAUUUCUUUAUUGAAGCAGAAAUUUACAAUACUGGCAGGAAAAGUACCCAUCAAACUUCUGGCAACUCGUGCAGAUGUAGCUCUUCUUGAUGAUAUUGUCAAUGUAUGUUGUGGCCUCAUAUUUAUAUGUCCACCUGUUAUACCCCUAGAUUAG